AUGAACCGUACCGUUCCCCUCUUCUCCACCUUUUGGACCUAUUCCCCUCCUACGUCGCUGGUUGCGGAGUUCCUAUCUGACGAUCGCCUUCUCUUGCUCAUGUUGCGCUCACUUAUGCGCGAAUCCUUUUAUUAUGCGCUUGUCUCCAAGCGAUGGUUCUCAUGCACAUCAGUAGCAACGGCCUCUCUCUUCUAUGGCUGUCGUAAGCUCCGCGACCUCCGCCUGCUCACCCUCAACCACCUCACGCACCUCCCGCCCACGUCUCUCACCCCUCCAACCUCACAACCCUCCAUCUCUGCCGCCACACUGGCGACGAUCACUAAUAUCACCAGCCUUCGUUCCUUCUCGCUGCAGUCCCAGCAUGUGAAGCGCCUGACAGAGCAUGUGAUAGGGGCGAUGACGAGAUUGGAGAAGCUUUUACUUCGCUGGGUGUCCAUUCAGAGCCUGCCGGACACCAUGUGCUCCUUCCCCCUCUCCUCCCUCUCCAUCCAAUCAUGCGCUGCACUCACCUCUCUUCCCGAUAAUCUUGGAUCCCUCGUACAACUUGAAACCCUAGUGCUUGAAAGGCUGCCCAACCUCCGUGCUCUGCCCGAGAGUGUGGGCAAUUUACACCGAUUGUGGUCGUUAGGAAUCGAGCAGCAGGUUUUGCUGGAGCUGCCCGAAAGCCUGUGCACGUGGAGUGUGAGGCACAGCCUGGCGCUGCUUUUCCUGCGCUCCUGCAGCGAACUGAGGCGGCUGCCUCCCCAGCUGGCCAUGCUGACGCGCCUGGAAGAGCUCGAAAUCACCGGCUGCCCUCUCCUCGAUUCGCUAGAGCCUCUGUUUGCUCCGAAUCCCCCAUACGCCUUGACCUUCUCCCUUGCUUCUGCUCUCUCCGUUGAUUCUACCCCUUCUCCUUACGCCUCACCGUCCUCUUGA